AUGGCGUCCACCGCCGCGAUAUCGUCUACCACGCCUUUAAUCGGGAGAAGCAAGACACUUGCACCAAAAGCCCCGAUUAGCAACAGCAAGAUCAAAGGAGCGCCAAAUGGCAAUAUCAUGAAUUUCUUCAAGAAGGCGAAAUGCACUGGCAAAGAGGAGGACGAGGGUCUGUUCUUAGAAUCAAGUGCGGCCUCAGAAGUCGAUGAUGAGCCCAAGCAAAUGCCAACACCGCCUUCAUACAACCUUUCAUCAAUAACGUUGCAUACAGAUGCUUCGUCUACCACCUCCACGUCCAAUCUCAUGAAGUUCAAUGAAGAUACAGGAUCUGUCAAAAGACGGAGACUUGAUCCUGAGACUAAGCUAUCUGGCUCAAAUGAAGCACCCAGAACAGUUUCUGUCCCUCGAGGCCCUUUCGCUGAUUCCGACGACGACGAGCCAAUGCCUCAAAAGGUCAUUGUGAAACCGGCCAAUACCGAGGAUAUCGAUGAAAGCGGCCAAUUGAUUGAUCCUAUAUUAGAUGACUCCCAAGAGAAGAAUAGGUCACUAGAGAGCAGGCAGCUCGCUCCGAAAAGUAUGCCACCUCUAAAGCGCGAAGCUACCAGUAUUGGCAACAUAGACGACUUUGAUGGUAUUGAAGACUUCAUUGACGAUGAAUUCGCCGAAGGAGGCGAGGAAUAUAUUGAACGUCAAUUGAUGGAAGAACAAGCUCGAAUAGAGGCAGAAAUUGAAGAUCAAGAUGGGGAUUCAAAAGCGGAGAGCGAUGUUUUGCGUUGGGGAGACUGUAGUCUGUCAGUCGCAGAAGAGACUUCUUCCUCGACGUGCCCAAUAUGUGGUGGAGAGACAACAGGAUUGGCUCAGGAACAAAUAUCAGUGCACGUCAACGACUGUCUUGACGGUAAGGCGAAGCCUUUGGGGGAAAAGAAAACAAAAUUAGAGGUUGAGAGCAAGGCCCCAAUCAGAAAGCCUGUUGAGCCUAUUCUAGGAAAGAAGUUCCAGCGAGCUGCCAUUGCUCGACCAGGCCAAGAGAGUCCUUUCAAACUAGUAGAACCCUCGGGACCCAAAUCCUCUGCAUUUUCGAAGCUCAUGUCAGGUCAUGCUGAAGACAAUGCUUGGGCCACGGCUGCAGCUACGGAAGUAGCUUCAAGGGGCAAACCUGCCUACCAACGAACUUGUCCCUUCUACAAGAUAAUGCCUGGCUUCUUCAUUUGUGUUGACGCAUUCCGUUAUGGGGCGGUUGAGGGUUGCGAGGCCUACUUUCUGAGCCACUUUCACAGUGACCACUACAUUGGUCUUACUUCAUCAUGGUGUCAUGGGCCAAUCUACUGCAGUCAUGUUACGGCCAAUCUUGUUCGACGACAGCUACGAGUUGAUCCCAAGUGGGUUGUGGACCUUGAAUUCGAAAAGAAGGUUGAAGUACCAAAUACUCAUGGCGUUGACGUUACAAUGAUUCCAGCCAAUCACUGUCCUGGGAGCUCGCUGUACUUAUUUGAAAGGGCUAUUGCGAAGGGCAACAGUCUAAAGGUACAACGAGUCCUACAUUGCGGGGACUUCCGUGCAUGUCCAGCUCAUGUGCAGCAUCCAGAACUAAGGCCGGAGUUCUUCGACCGUAUCACUGGCAGGAUGGCGCAGCAGAGGAUCGAUGUUUGCUACCUUGAUACUACCUACCUGACUCCCAAAUACGCAUUCCCAAAUCAAGAGACUGUUAUUAGGGCUUGUAGUCAGAUGUGCGUGAGUCUAAGCAAAGAUUUCGUCGACGAAAGUGAUAGCUGGGAACAAGUCAAGAGAGAGCGGGCUGGCGAAGGCAUGGUAAGAUUCGUACAGAGAGCUUCGAUCAAAGAAGAGCCACCAGACGAUGUCAAAGUUAAGACAGAGGACGACUCAUCCCCGAAUAGAAGACCUCGAGGUCGGCUGCUUGUCAUUGUUGGUACUUACAGCAUUGGCAAGGAGCGAAUUUGCCUCGGCGUAGCGAAAGCACUUAAGAGCAAAAUCUACGCGCCACCCAACAAGCAGAAGGUCGUCGCUGCGCUGGAAGAUCCUGAAUUGUCAGCCCUCAUGACAGACGAUCCAUAUGAAGCACAAGUCCACAUGCAAAUGCUAAUGGAGAUCCGCGCUGAAACUUUAGCCGACUACCUUACGCAUUUCAAGCCUCGAUUCUCCCGAAUCGUCGGGUUUCGACCAUCAGGAUGGAACUACAGACCACCAAGUGGACGUCUCACGGAAUCGCCAUCGGUCCAGACAGUCCUACAUUCUGAAAACUGGAAGUCGCGGUUUACGAUGUCUGAUCUUGUGCCACAACGAGGCAGCACUCGGGAAGCCAAUUGCUUCGGCGUGCCCUAUUCCGAGCACAGCAGCUUUAGAGAGCUGACGAUGUUUUGCUGUGCGUUGAGAAUCGAUAAAAUCAUCCCGACUGUCAAUGUUGGGUCCGCCAAGUCAAGGGAAAAGAUGAAAGGCUGGAUUGAGAAGUGGGCAUUGGAAAAGAAGAAGGUUGGUCUAUUCAAAGUCGCUGACGACCAAGUCGAUUGUCACAAGCGCAAGCUCGUUUUUGGGUCCACGCUUGAGUUCUUCACCCCUCCUUUGACCAAAGCCGGUAGAGCUGCAAAUGAAUUCUUUCAAUGGUGGCCUCCUCAACUUCAACUGCAGGGAACACACACAAGGAAUACCCAAACACUCGACAGGGACCCAGGAUCAGGAGCCGCGCCUGACCCUUGCACGCUCUAUAUUCGCAUCGAAGGUGGCCUCGAGCUUGACAAUGUGCUCGAGGAUCUCAUUAAGCACCACUACUACCAAUUCCCUUACGUUCGCAUCGCAAUGUAUGGAGUGAGAGGCGAAACACCCGUGAACAUCGACGCCGUUCUUAAAGACAUACCUGGAAAUCAUCGGAUCAAGCUUUUCUACAUGUUUCCGGAAGAACUUCUCUCAAGUCCUCUACACAACCUCGACGUAAAGAUGAAGUGCGAUGAACAGUAUCUGCCCCCUACAGACCAGAACCCGGAGGGGGUCUGCCCAGCGCAUCCUCUUGACGCUAGAAGAAGCCGUUGGAUCGCACGUUGCCAAUUCCGGCAGGAUACCAAACUAGUCGAACGAUUCCAGAAUGGAGAAUUAAGUCACCACUCCGUCAGCGCUGACGCCCAUGGUAGUAUUGCGCCGACGAAGACUGUCUGUAGUGUGUGCAGAAAGACAGCCCAGACCAAAUGUCAAGGCCAUCCUCCUCGAGCAACACAGGCGCCUGCACGAUUGGAAGUGAAUGACUUUGCCCCGUUUCUCACUGGUGACGUUCUGCCACAGCCAGACUCCUUGCCUAGUAGGGGUCUAAGCUGGAAAUACUGGAUCAAUUUUGGCUGGACAGACGUGUGCCGUAAGUGCCAUCAAAAACAAGUACGCCUACACCCAGAGGGUCAUCAUGGGUGCGUCUGUUCUCUGAAGCAUGAGAGCUCGUGGUUGUGCAAUGAAUGCGAUGAGGCCAGCCUCAAGGCUUUUGCAGAGCAGGCAAUGUGGCAGAGAAAUAGCGCGAAGGGGCAUAAAUAUAACGAAAAGACAAAAAAGCUUACAUAUGACGAGAAUGCGAUCAUAGCCUCCGCUGAAGCGAGAUGUAAGUGCGGGAAUCCGACCAUGAGAAGUCAAAAGGCAACUGAGCCACAUCCGACACGUUGGACGAAAUGGUGUCCCAUCUGUUUUAAGUACGAGGUGAAGAAGCAGCCUCGUAAAUCUCAGCUUAAAAGAAAGAGAGGCAAAGGAGGAAAGGAUGACAAGGAUGGCAAGGAUGGGAAGGGUGGGAAAGGUGGGAAGGGUGGGAAGGGUGGGAGGGAUGGCAAGGAUGGCAAGGAUGGCAAGGACGGCGAGGACGAUGACUUCUCAAGCGAUGAUGGAGAUGGCCGGCCAGUUACUCGAAGUCAAGGAGUAAUUAGUCAUCUUACGCUUGAUCACAAGCAAAAAGCUACCAGGAAAGUCAAUCAGCAUGGGUUUCUAAUAGAGGCAAAGAGGCGGAAACUUGACCAACAAACAGACGAUGAACUUCUACCUCCGCGAUAUUCACCUCCACUCCCUGAUCUGCACCAGCGAAAUCCUCGGCAUCAACAUCCUCAGGAGCUAAAUCUUGAGAGGCAACAACUCCGGCAGCAACAGCUUCAGCAGCUUCUUCAGCAGCAGCAGCGUCUUCAGCAGCAGCAUGACCACUUGAUUAACUUUCGACGUAUGAUAAACAACUAUCGCGAGGAGAAUCCAGAAUUCGAAGAUGCUGAGCACCGUGAAUCGUUUUUUGAGAGCGACCAACCGCAACCAAGUCUGGGAUUGGGCCUUGGCCAUCCUGAUCUCCAGCGACGGGCUCCACAGCCGUCGACAUUGCGACAACACGGCGAACGGCAGGCUAAUCCGCCACAAGAGCCACGAGAGCCUCAACAGCGUCAGUCUUACGACUUGAGAGAAUUCCAACGCAUACGGCAAGAAGAAAUCGACUCGCGACGUCCCGUUGAAACCACACGCCAGGGAAACGCUCUGAAUGCAGCUCAUUAUCCUCAACGCGUUCGCUCCCAAGAGCAAUUGAAUCCUGCUACACUUCAACAUUUACAAUCUGGAAACUCGUUUGCAGCCCCAGAACCAGAUGCUGAUGCUGAUGCUGAUCACACCGAUGAUGAAGAUUUCGGUGAGUUUCUGGAUGAAGACUUUAAUUUCAAAGACAUAGAGAAUGAAAUAGACGAGACCGCAAGGAACAUGGAUGACGGUCCGGAGAACGUUAAUGCGCCAGAGAAUGAAGCUGCAACAGGUCAACAUGCUCCAAUUGGACAGCGCUACAUCGAAGAUUCACAGUCACCGAAAUCCCAGCAACAGUCCCCUCCGCUGGUAGGUGGUCAGCCUCCACGACGUCCGCGUGGAGAGGUUCAGCCUCGAUCUUCUCAACAGCAAUCCUUUCAGCUAGCAGAGAAUCAACGUCCACGGUCUCGACUUCGAGAGCGCUCCAUCGAAGAUCUACAGCCUCAGCGGCCAGAAGAUCGGCCUCCAGUGGCCCCUCUUCGUCCCGAAACCUCUCCCCUAACUCAUCGUGCACCCGGUAACGACUUAGAGCGCUGGCUGCGACAGCAAGCCCCGUACGGCCAAAUCUAUUCCCCAGAACGCUGCAACAUCAGGAGGGAUUUCAAUGACGGAAUAAACGGCGGACUGGUGAAGGCAGCUGAAGAGCAAUCAGAAGCCCGUACAGGCAAAAGGCAGCCUAGCGCAAAGGCCGAUGACAUUGAAAAGCGGGCAGCUUAUGCAUCUCGCCAACGUCGAGAAGUUCUCGGGCGUCGAGAAGCUGCUGAGCGUCGAGCAGCUCGUGAGCGUCGAGAAGCUGGUGAAGAGCACAGGGUCAAUCCAGACGCGAAUUUAGGCGAACUUGUUAGGGAUCCAACCCCACCAACACGACCACGCACGUCCGCGCGACCGCUACAACGCCCUGCCAGAGAUACUGAGGCUUGGCGAGAGAAUUCGUUAAAAAGAGACAGGAAGAAGAGGGAUGAGAUGAGGCGCAAACAAAAGAUUACAUUGCGCACGAGAGGUACACGCAGGUCAGAGAAUGAAGCAAUCGAUGGGCGUGGAAAAGAGAGAAACGAUCUCAUCUAUGAGAGAAACUUCGAUCCUGAUUACUAUGACGUAGACUUUGGGGAGUAUCAUGGAAGGCUUGAAAGGCAGGAUUGGGAAUUUUUCACGGAAAGAGCUUUGCAGCUGGACUUUGAGGAAUUAGAGGCUAGGCGCAGGGGCUGGAUUUCUGAGGAGGCGAUGAAUACACCAACUCAAGCGGAGAGAUUGUUGAAGGCAAAGGAGGACCAGAAGCGGGCGGCGGCACAAGAGGCGAGGGACAAGGCGGCAGCACAGGAGGCAAGGGAUAGGGCGAUGGCGAUUGCAGAUGAGAAUAGCGAUGAAAAUGAGGAUGAAUAUGAACACGAAGACGGGUAUGAGAAUAAUUAUCAAGAUGAGGAUAUUUAUGGGGAUAACGGGAUUCAGUAUGAUUAUGUACCGGAUUCCGAAGAGGAGCGUCCACGACAAGGAGAGGAUGACGGAGAAGUAAAUGAAAAUGAAGACGAAGAACGAACACGAAUGGAUAGACGGAUGGCCUUCGAGAUGGAGAGGAGGGCGGAGACGAGGGGACUAGGGCAUAGGGACGAGCAAGAGGAAGAAGAUAGGGAAUCGCAAGACGGGAGAGAGGGGUAG